AUAAAUAGAGGAACACUGAGGUCUCAACUCCAGAAAGUUUCCUGAUCUCCGUCUUGUACCAAAGACCAACCCACAAAGGCUGCCUCAACAUGAAGCUGGUGGUGGUCUUCAUGCUAGCUGCUAUCCCCAUUUGCUGCUAUGCCAAUAGUUCUGGCUGCGAAAAUCUAGACAAGAUCAUUGAGAUGACAAUUGACCCUGAUGUGUCUCAGGAAGAGCUUCUGGAAGUGCUUGACCCAUAUGUCCAUACUCCUGUGGGUAAAAAUGCCGUGAAAAAGUUCAAACAAUGUUUUCUAGACCAGUCUCGGGAGACUCUGGAGGAUGUUAAACAUAUGAUGGAUGUAAUAUACGCCAGUGAAGAGUGUCAAACCUCAUAA